AGGAAUGCCCCAUUCACACUAAUGCAGUGUGCAACUGGAGCAGUUGGGGGUUAAAUGCCUUUCUCAAGGGCACCUUGGUGAUGAGAACUGAGAAGAGGUGGAGACCAAAAAUAAAAAGGUCAAGAAGAGAAUACUUUGUCACUGCACUCGGCUACAUUUCUCAGAAAAUGGCACAUCUUUAUCCACAAGGUCUCCUCCUGCUAUUAGUUCUGUUAAUAGUCAGAUCAGAGUGCAGAGACAUGGUUGAGACUGUGCUUGCUUCUGAAGAGGAAGAUGUAGUUCUCCCUUGUUUUGAUUCAUAUGAUCCAAAGAGCUGCGACAGAGUCAGAUUGAUUAAGUACGCCACAAAUACCAGUCAGAUGAAGGUUAUCUUUGCCAGGCCUGAGAGACCUAAAUUCCAGGAUGCAGAACGUGUAAAAUGGCAAGCUGAUGGAAACGGACAGAUGUCUCUUUUUAUGACUAAAUCACAAAAAUCUGAUGAGGGACUGCAUGGAUGUGAAAUCUGGCAAGGCUGGGACUGCAUUCUUGUCAAAAACAUAUCUUUAAAAGUGAAGGUCUGCAAAACCCUUCAAGCAGUGAAGGCAGCAUCAAACACACCCGUUAACCUGACCUGCCCAGUGGAAAUGACAUCAGGACAACAAGGACCCCAAAAUAUCUCCUGGGCAAUGCUGGAAGGGGGCGACCCUGUAUCUGUCAACUCUAAAAGGGCUGAAAUGAAGGGAACAUCAUUAGCUAUCCAGUCUGUGAUUUACAGUGACAGUGGUUGGUACAGAUGUAAGUACGUGCUUGGACAAACUCGGCGCUGCUUUGACAUGAAUCUACUGGUCCAAGAUGAAAAUGUUGCUGUGGCCACAACAGUUCCAGGUAGGCAUCAAAAACUCUCAACCCCAGGACUGACAACCAGUGAGAUUAUUUGGGAACCCAACAAGGAGGGGAGCAGUGGAGAAUUUGUUGCUGUUGCUGUUGCUUUGGCUUCAGUCAUUAUUGGGAUUGCCAUAGUGGCUGCACUGGUAGGAGUGUUAAUCUACCGCAGACGUAACACCCAGAGAGUUACACAGCAAACCCAGAGGCACAGAGAAGGUAAUCAGGAUGCUUAUGAGAUUGUGAAUCUUACACUGGAUCGUACAAACCGACUGUCUACAGCCAACAGUCUGUACCAACAAAUCCCGGAUAAUAGCCUGUAUACUUUCCGGUAUUAGUAAUUUCCAGUAUUUCCAGAAGAAGAUUUUCCUCGUAAAAUUAAAGUGUCUAAUCCGGAUUGCCUGCUUCCAUUUAUGCAUUAUGUAAAAAACAUGUAACAUCUAAUAACCUGUAAAGUGUUUGUCUUGCAAAGAAGAGUAACUGACACUUAUAUGGAGCAACAUGCAAAAUGCUAGCCCCUGUUUUUACUUAGACUGUUGGAAAGCUUCUUCUUUAUUACCCUGUUUGUGUUACUAUAUCUAAUCAUCUGUAAUAUUUUAAAGGUCCCAUAUUGUAAAAAGUGAGAUUUUCAUGUUCUUUAUUUAUUAUAAAGCAGGUGUAAGUGCUACAUAAAUACUGCGAAAGUAAAAAAUGCUCAGUCCAUGGAGAAAUAUAUGUCUGUAUUCAGAAACUGUGCUUUUGAAACAAGCCGUCAAGAUUUCCCCUACAUUUGAGAUGUCACAAAUAUAUCACAUAUAGACCAUUUCACAGUUUUAAACUUUAACUUUCUAAAUGUGUCCCAGUUUAUUUCGAGUUGCAGUGUUUAUGAAUAACACCAGCUGAACAGAAAGUAAACAUGGACCCAAGCUGUUGCCUAGCAAUGCAAUUCCGUUAAAAUGUGCUAAAACAAAGUGUUUUCAGAGAGAGGGUAAAUACAGGCAUAUUCAGGCACACAGUGUGAGGAAAAUAAACAGAUUUUUCAACAUUAUAGCGUGUAAACAUGUUCUGGUAGAAACACAAAAUACA